CACAGCUUAUUUUAUCCUGUGGUGUAUCUUACUUAGCGCUUGUUUGAUGUUAUGAUAAAAGCCGUUGUUUUGUCUCCGUUUAGACGUGCUCUGUAUUGUUGAAUGUGAUUCCGAGUAGAGUUCUGCUAUUUCUUUAUCGAUCUAUCAUAGCAAGUUGUCAGUCAGUAUUUCGUUGCAGAAUGGCUGUAUGUGCGCGCAUAUGUUGUCUUUAGAAAUGCUGCAUAUGGCAAUAAUGUUAUAGUUUCUUGUCUGUAUUUGUUUGGAACUGCUUAGCAUUCUUAGCCGAACGAAAACAUGCCUGUUUUAAAGGCUUGUUGGAGUAACAGCUAAUUUAUUUGAACAAACAAGCCUGCUACAGUCAAAACUGCCAAGAACCGAUAACAAGACUCUUGAGAACUUGAAAAAUGUCUCUUCACACGUGACGCAGUCCAUUUUCAUGUGCGCAGCCUGUUUGUAAAUAGUGGUUGGUUGGGGUAGAAAUUCAACAAAAAUGGUUUGCCUUUUUUAUUUUAUCAUUUGCUAAAAUCGUAUUUAUUUUAUCAUUUGCUAAGUUACCACUAGAAUGAUUAUGCCUAUUCUCCUUUUUGACUACUUUAUGGAAGUUUUUUUUUAUUAUUAUUAUUAUUUUUUUUAGAAAUUGUGAAAGUAACUGCUUUAGGCUAUCAUAGAACUGAAUAGAGCCAGGAAUCUGCCAUCAUGACAGGGGGAAGCAAAACACAGGUUUUAGUGGCGAGAUGGAAGGCAGCAAUAACCUGCACUGUUGUGGAAAUCAGUCUUACAACAUCUUAAGAAGCUCCUGCUGCAAUGGUAAUUUAACUCUGGGAUUAAGCCAGCUUGUGACUUACUGCUGUGGUUCUGUACCCUACAAUCCCCUAAAUGAGAUUUGCUGUAGUGGCAGUAUUUUCAUUCGAACUAGUGCUCACACUAAAUGCUGUGGCAAGGACCCUUACCAAACAACGAAUCAUAUAUGUUGUGGUGAUGUAUUGCUGAAAAAACAACAAAAGAAGAAAUGUUGUGGCAAGGAACUAUUUGACACACUGACCGAGUGCUGCUGUGACCAAGACCUAGUCUUAGCAAUAAAGCCCAAAAGUGAUCCUUGCUGUCAGACUAAACCAGUUGAAAAAUCUGAAUCCUCACAAUGCUCUCAGGCCUCUGGAGCGCACAACAAUAUUGCAGAGAAUUGUGGAUCCUAUGAUCCUCAGACACAUAUUUGUUGCUCAGGGUUUCUGUACAGGAAGGCAUCAGAACUUACUAAGUGCUGCGGAAAACACCUUUACACUUUCUCCGAGGGAAACGUUCUGUGUUGUAAUGGAAUCUUGCAUCGAGAUAUGCCUGAGAAGUCAGAAUGUAUUGGAGGUGUUGUAUAUUCUCCAGGAAACACUACAUGCCAUCUGCCUGUUCGUCCCCAAAUUGGCGAGCACUGUUGUGGAAAUCAAACCUUCGAUCCUCUUAUCCAUAUUUGCUGUAAUGGACACAGACACAACAAGAAAAAUGGUAAUGUCUGUUGUGGUUCCAAAGUCUAUGACCACCACAACACGUCCUUGAGGUGCUGCUCUGAUCAUCUUUACAGUACACCUAGUGGAGAAGUAGAGUGCUGUGGAAACCACUUGCUGGAAAAAAAUCAAAUUUGCUGUUCCUCCUCAACCCUGGCCGUGAAAUAUUUCACCAAAUUGAAUCACCAUUGCUGUGGGCAUUACUACUACAACAAGUCCAUCUGGAGUUGCUGUGCUGAACACCUUAAACCAACACCGGAGCGUCACACCCCUCUUGCAGACUACAGGACUAAACCACUAAUGGAGCUUAUCCCAGACAUAUGCAAAAAACCAGUGUUCUUUGGCAAAGUGGAGAGCAUGACCCUUAAAACCUCUUGGCGUCAUGUUCUGUUGCAAGUCGUUUGGCAGGUGGAUUUGAAGUUGAGAAAUGUCACUAAAGACUCUUGGGAUCACGUGUUCAUGGAUCACUGCAGCUCUCCUGUUAUUGAGAAAGGCAUGAUCUACCUUUGGGAGAAAGAGGCCAAUGGGUCUAAGCUUCUGUCACACCCUAUUGACCAAGCCUCUGACAUUCACAUGUUCUAUUUUUUAUGUUACCAAUUUAAGGAUCACAAAAAUGGAUAGAAAUGUGGAAUGAGGUCUAUCAUGAGAUUUCUGACCCCAGUAAUUGAAUGGUCACUGUAUUUGUAAGCUGAACAUUUAUUUCAACCUUAAAUCAAACAAAGUGUCAGUUAGUGUAGGCAUGAUUAUGGCAGAGGCAUCACACGUUGCACAUCUGUCAUUGUUGCCUACAGUGAACUGAUCUUGUUUGGAGUGAUCUGUUAAGCUAUUAAUCAGUAACAACAGUAUACCGAGUUAUCAUACAAACAUUAUAUAAGCAUUUUUCUUGUACUGUAUUUUUAUAUAUUAUCAGUCUCAGGUCUAUCAAAUUUAUGUUUUAACAAUUUGACAAGUCUGAAGGACUAUGUGCUAUAGUUUAAAAGGUGCUUUUAAACUUAAUUGUCGUUUUAAAGAAUGUUCUUUAUAAUAACACACUCAAAUAUAUUUUCUGCAUAUUUGCUGGUUAUCUUACUUUUUUAACAGCAAUAAGCUUGGAGCUGAGUAUUUCUCAUUUUACUUCUUUUCACUGAAUGAAAGAUUGGUAGGUUUGUUACUACUAGCCAAACAUUGGUCUUCAUUUACUAAUAAAAGUCAACAUUUUUGUAGAGAGAAAUCUUCAAAUGACUUUUUUUUCUUGGUCUCAAGUCUUGGUUCACUGAUAAAUUUGCACUAAAUAUAUUUUUGUAGGUAAGUUUACAAUUUUGGAAUGUGAUGUGCUAAGACACACUUUGUAUUAAUGUGCAAUUGGACCUGUUGUGAAUCUCACACCAUUUUUUUGUGAAGUUCUCCUGUAUUUACAAAUACAAAAGUAGGAAUCUACACUACAUAAUUAUUAGUAAAUGAGACUAAUUGUAUGCAAUACAGAUAAUUUAUUUUGUAACUUCUAGAUUUAUACACAAACAACUGUGAAGAAGUGCUAAUCAGACAGAUUCCAUAUAAUCAUUGUGUGACUCGUGUUUGCUAAUGUGAGUUAAAUUUCGACUUGCAGAUAUUGCACUUGGCAAGAAAUGCUAUAAUCAUUGCCAUUUGUGAUUGUAUGUCAAACAAUUUUCUAAAUAAAGCAUUAGAAGCAUUGAAAUGCA